CGCACCGCCCAAUGCGACAGUAGAGCUUAAAAAGCUCCUGCACAAGAACAUAAUCAUUGUGUUUCAAAGAACGAGACAGAAAACGCGAGAAAAUGGCAAGAACCAAGCAGACGGCUCGUAAAUCCACCGGCGGCAAAGCCCCGAGGAAGCAGCUCGCGACCAAAGCCGCCCGUAAGAGCGCUCCGGCCACCGGCGGCGUCAAGAAGCCUCACCGCUACAGGCCCGGCACCGUGGCUCUGCGAGAGAUCCGUCGCUAUCAGAAGUCCACCGAGCUGCUGAUCCGCAAGCUGCCCUUCCAGCGUCUGGUGCGAGAAAUCGCUCAGGACUUCAAGACGGACCUGCGCUUCCAGAGCUCCGCUGUCAUGGCCCUGCAGGAGGCCAGCGAGGCUUAUUUGGUCGGUCUGUUUGAGGACACCAACCUGUGCGCCAUCCACGCCAAGAGAGUCACCAUCAUGCCCAAAGACAUCCAGCUGGCGCGCCGCAUCCGCGGAGAGCGCGCUUAAACGCCUGAUUUCAUAAGUCUUUAAACCCCAAAGGCUCUUUUAAGAGCCACCUAAAUGUCUAAAAAGAGUUGUUGGUGUUAGAAAUGAGAAUGCUAAAGCUUAUUAUAGCAUAAUGCUAAACGUAUGUCUGAUGAAAAUCAUAGAGCGUGUAAGUCAAUUGGAGUUAUUAGCUAUAGCAAUUUAUUAACAAAUAUACUAAAUCCGCUUUGGUCAUUAGUCACAAUACGUUGAAUGAGGCUCAUGUUCACUUUCUCUGAAAGAAAUCCUUGGCUUUUUAAAAUUUUGUUGUUCUAAUGCUUUCUGGAAUUGAGCUUGAUUUAGACAUGGUUAAAAUUAAAGUAAAGGUUAAAAUUAACUCAUCGAAUCCCACUGUUUAUAAUAGUGACUGUAAAGUAUGUUUUCAUUAUAAAGCUCUCUUAAAAAAAAAAAAGGUGUUUUAUAGUGCAUUCCCUGCAAUAAAUAAAACAAAAGGGUUAUUUUAAAGGGUUAACAAUGACACCAUUUGGGUAUUUUCAUGUCUGAGAAAAAAAAAUAAUAACAAUAAUGUUGAUUAUUUACAACAUUUACAGCCUAUGCAUCUGUCCACCAGUGUGACAUGGUGCAUUCAACACAUGACUUUUUCAAAACAUGGCUGUCUGAACUGGCUUCCCUACCUGU